CCCGCCCCUUUACCCGCCAUGCUUUGGGCCAGGAGCGGAGUCAAAAUGGCGGCGGCCACUCUGGCCAGGGAAGGUUGAGGCCUCUGCUGCUGCUGCCGCCGCGGUGACAUCGAGGAGGAAAGUGGCGACGAUGCUGGCGUUGCGGCGAUGGCCCCGGCGGGCGCUGUGGGAGCCUCCUCGCCGGGCGAAGUCCCUCUACGGCCCUCGGGUCCCCCGCGGCCCGCUCCCUCGCACUCCCUGGACAGUGCGGGGCCCUCCCCCGGGCGCCCCUUUGCCCUGGUACCUACGGAAGCCGCCGCCGGUGAGAGAGCAGGUGCCCGAGCUGGACGUGGUCACCUACGAGGGGAAGCUGCACCGCGUGCCCUGGCUGGCCAAGCCCUCCUUCCCCGUCUGGGAGCGAGGCUGGCACGACCCUCACAGGCCCCGCUGCCCGCCGCAGGAGGAGAUGCCCGCCUACAAGGAGAGGCCCUGCUUCAUCUGCCACCGAGGGACCCGCCUCCAGGAAGGUGUAAAACAGGCAUUGUGGCUUACCAAGACAAAACUAGUAGAAGGCUUACCCCCUCAGAUACUUAGCAUAAUGAAUGACACAGCUCAUGAAUGGGAAGGCCAGAAUGAGAGAGUCCAAAAUGCCAUCUCUCGUGCGCUUUUUUGGGUUAGCACUGAGGAACUUACACCAGAAGAAGUCAACUACUCUGUGCUUCUAGAAGAUUUACUUCACUUGUGCAGGAUGGCGACUACCAGAUAUCCCUUGCUGACUAAAAGAAUGGUGGCCCAAGACUACCGAGUAGCAGCUACAUGGGAACGAGAAUCCAUUCUUCUUCAGGUUCGUGGUAGCCUUGGAAAGAUUUUGAAUGCAAUGAGUCCUCUACAACCUGUAGCUUCCAAAGAUGAAAUAUUAGCCACUGAAAAACACACUUUAGAAACCUUCUAUCCUAUUGCACCUACAAUCGACCUCCAAGAAGUGAAUGUAUAUGAGACAAAGACUGACACAGGUUUUCGGGAAGGUUACCCAUAUCCUCAUCCUCAUACUAUAUACUUUGCUCCACGUUGCAUUAAAUCUAAAAUUAAACCAGAACAUCUCCAGGCCAGAAUGAUGAUGUUUGCUUUUGGAAGUGCUUUGGCCAAGGCUAAAGGGCUCUAUGGGGAUGAACCCAGAAUCUUGGAUAAACCCAUUGUUGUGCAGAGUGUUGGUACUGAUGGACAGUGUUUUCAGUUCUUGGUAUUCCAGUUGAAUACAACAGAUCUAGACUCUUGCAAUGGUAUCAAAAACCUGGUCUGGAUUGAUGGAGAUCAGCUUCUUUAUGAGGAUGCCAGGAGUCGUCCGGAAAUCAAGAAAAAGGUGGUUGUGAAGCCUGCGGGAAUACAUGGCUAUCAGCCAGAAACAUUCAAGAAGUUCCUGGCGUUCUACUUACAUGGCGCAUUGUGUGAAUAGACCACUGAAGGUGCAGAAUUUAACAUGUUUUUGCCACAUUUCCUUUUGUAAUAUAAAACGUAAACAUUAGAGGCUAUUUAAUAUUUUUAAAUAAACUUUUCUCUAAAAACACA